UCUGCCAGCGAGACAGCAGAUCGUGAUGGGACAUGCUGAUUCCUCGGCCGUCCAGAGCGUGGGCAAUGCCUCGCUGUCCGACCGUGGCCGCUGUACUCCACCGCGCACUCGUCCCAGCUGCGAGUCGGAGCUGGACCCGCCGGAGGUGCCACAGAAGCCAGCGGCAGCGGCAGCGGCAGCCGACAGGGUGAAGAGGAGACCAUACGUUCCGCCGAAGGUUCAGCUUGGAGCGUGGACCGGCCUUGACCGAGAGGUGCAGCUGAUGGAGGACAGCGACUACAUCAUCCGAGCGCACUCGGCAGCGGGCCCGGCACCCGUCUUGCUGCGAGGCGUCCCGAAGGUCCAACAGCAAGACGACUGCAUGUCUGAAGAGCAAAGCCGCUCCCAGUCGAGAGAGCAAGGCCACGCCCGGUCCCAAGAGUGGGACAGUUCCCAGCCCCGGCAGGCGGACAUCGUCGUCCGCCGGGAAGCCGACAGGUCGUCUGCGGAGCCCGGCCGCUGCGCGCUCGCCGGUGCCGACACGGGAUGA